GAUACAAAAACGUUUGUGAUCGAAAGUGAAGCGAUAAAUGCGAAUGAGAAUGAGGAGCGGUGUAGUCGCUUUCCGAUCAUAUUGAAUGGUGAUAAACGUAAAUUAUUGAAGAUAUGCGAUAACAAUCAAAUAAUUAUCUAUGAUGAUAAUGACAACAUAUGGAAUAUUUAUACACCUUCACCGUAUUCACAUAUCGAGUUUCAGUUAAGUGAAGUAACAAUGGCUCGAGGGGUUAGCGAAACGUAUGGACGGAGUGGUCAUCGAAUGGGUGCUGUGGAAUCCUUGAUGAAUUUGUUCACCGAUCGAGAUACUUGCAUCGCGAAGAUAUUCAAAAAUGGUAAACAUACGUUCUACUGCAUUCAAUUCGACGAUCAACGCAAAACUUACUGCGUAUUACCAGCAUCCAGUUGUCAACUGCCGACAUCAAUUCAACGCAGAUUUUAUGCGGCUUGUACAUCCACUCAGUUCGUAUUCAUUUGCUCGAAAGGUAUUGCAUUUGUACCGCUGAAACCAUCGACACUGAAAGAAAUUUGUUUCUUAUCGUUACAACUGAAUUUUUGUAAAUCAAAUUCUGACGGUAUCUUAUCGGGUGGAAUAUCCGAGCAACAAAUUAAAGAUUUAUGCUUUUGUAAAUAUCAGCAUUCAUUGGUCUGA